AUGUUUCCGCGUCGGCAGGCUGGCGAAGGUGUUGGUGAGGAGGAGGCCAUGUUCUGUGUAGCUGCGCAGGAGGAAGUCGUUAUCGUUUCAGCCGUCCGAACCAUGGGGACCCAGCACUCCCACCCAGGCAUCCUUGCCUGUCCCGUCCAGGGCACUGAAGUCGCCAGGGAGAAUCCGCCUGUCCGUCUUCGGCACAGUCUGCAGGAGGUCUUCGUCGGGGUUGGUCAUUGCGUAGCGUAGGCCCUGAUGACGGUAGGGAAAUUGCCUCUUCGAAGAGACAGGUAUGGGGAUAGCAGGGAGAAGGGAUAGGGAUUAUUGUUUAGUUGAUUGCUUCGACCGUGAGUUGUACAUCUGCAAGCCAUUAUCUGCGUGCAGAUGACAUGAUUUCAACAUUUGUUUGGGGUACCUUUUCUACCUCUUUCCCGCCGAUAGGUAAGCAGUGCCGUUCCUAAACAGGACUGCUUAGACAUCACAGUUGGCUGCCGAAUUCCACUGUUGGUCACAACUUAGUUUAGUAGAGAGCGACCCGAGUUAGCCUGCGUCGCCUACAAGGUUGCAUGUUACCCUCUCCGUGGAACAUUCUAAAAGUUGGGAAGGGCAGAGGAGAUGAGAUGAGAAAUGUAGUUACCGGUUUUAGGGACACACAACACCUGAUAUCCUUGUCUGGUUUGGUCCGUCAGUCGAGGCGGUUACCGGGGUGUGGCUUUUAGGCACACAGAUGAGAUUGGGGUGUCGGUGAAGUAUCGUGCGUAGCAGUCACCACCUGCAUGAUGCGACUUACCGCGCAUCCUCGUAGCCAGACACCUUGUGUGGACAUCACUGUUAGCAACACGAUCAACAGGCUAAAUGAUCGGAUUACUAUCACGUGAAGAAUAGAAAGCGGAGAGAAAAAUACGGCAAUUAACUACUCAUCGCACCAAAUACGAACCGCCAAGAUGAACACAGCUGCUGCUUAUCUUGACAGGCAUGUGGUUGCAUGGCAACUGCUCCCUAACUAUACUGCACUCAUCGUGCGUCUAGUACUCUUGUCUGUGACUGUCCCUGAUAGUGGGCGCGAGUGAAAACCGGAAACAUCAGGCGAAUAAAUUUCUUGCUUCAGAGAUUGCAUCUUCUUCAUUUAAACUACUUCUUGCAAUUCGCAUUCUCGUUCCCACCUACUUCGCCAUAUCGUUAGGAGUAUGGUUGAAAGAUGUGGGUUUUGACUUGCUGCUUGUGCUUGUCUUCCUCUUUGUUUUGAUUGGAGAAUCUCUAAAACCAAAGACAGUAAUCUAACUCUUCGAGAUAUCGUUAGUGUAUAACAACUGAGCUUCUGAGAGACUGUGUUCACGAUUGGUUAGUACGCACGUUUUUACUCCAACUGGGAUGGUAAGAUCAGUACUUGCUUCUCACAUUCUUGGACAACCUCGUCAGUCCGGUCGUUUCUGAUGGGAGUCUUUGACCAGCUAUCCCUUCGUCUCCAGUUUUAUCUUCAGCAAUUUGGAUGUGGUUUACGCACGUAUAUCUAAAAUCGUUAUCAGUCCCUACUAGAGCUCGUGAUGUGUGUUUUGUAUGUGGUACUUAGUGCCCCUCAAACGGGCCACGUGACAGAUGCGAUGGACCAACAAUGGUGCUGUAUUGUAUUCCGGCAGGCGUUAUCGGAUUGCGCACCAUAACAAAUACCAACAUUUCGAGGUGCGGUAGCAGACCCGGUUGCGGUGUACGUCGCGAACAUUACGGCCUCUGCCACCCCAUUUUUGCUGUUCGUUAAAAUCCUGGUCAUGUGCCUUGUGGACCAGGGGGUGUGAAGUGGAACGCCAAGGUGCGGACUCGACCGUGCCAUCCACCUGCGCCCCCCCUCCCUCGACUCCGGUCUUCUUGACUCUGUUUUCACACCGGCCAAGGUGGGGGAGGAGGAGAGAGUGCGGUAGAUGUUGUGCAAGUCUACUAGCACCAUAAACUAAUCCUCGCAUAAAUCACCGUCCCUACCCUCACCUUGAUGUCGGCAAUUACAGUCAAACUAUUGUAUGUGAUCCUCAAGGCUGCAAAACAGCGAGUCCUUGCUUCUUCCUCUUAUUCGGGUAUCUUCGGCAUCUGCUGCUCUUCUGGUGUGCCCGGUCCAACAGGUCUACAUUCGGUUUUUGCUGAGAACCACUUCAUUAUGAUAGGUGAUACUAUAGCCGUAAACGUAUAUUUUUGCUACCACUAAUUUUGAAGAAAGGUGUUUUUCAGAGAUCGGAUGUCUAUUUAAAUCCCAAUCACCGUGCCUAGAUUAGGAUUAUAAGCUCCGGCUCGAAGCAGUGCUCCAAUGUUACUAUUAUCUGUUUUUUUGCAAUAAACGCAUGCUCCUAAUUUUCCUAAACGUUUAAGGGGCAUUUUAAAACUUACUUGAAGGAAGGGGAACUGAUCAUUCAAUUUUGAUGCUAAUAAUGGCACCAGUGAGAACUCCGAAUUAAUUAGCCACUGAAUGGGAUCUUCGCUGUUAUUUUAUCUUUCAUUUUCACAAGUUUUUUCGGAGGACUUGUUUCAUACAAAGCGUAGUCCGUUAAUUAUUGUCCUUACGAUUGUAUCACACAAGUGUCCAUUAAGCCAUCGGGCAAUAUACAUACAGGUUCGUGUGUGAAACUGCCUAGGGCACAAUCUUCUUCAUUUGAAAUAUUUGCACCUCUAAGGAUUGUGAACAUGACACGACAAAAUUAGGUAGAAAAUUCGAAGUGCGGUCCAAGAGUCAUAAAAAAUUGCAACAUGACACGGAGAUUUCUGUUUUACCGGCAUAUAAUGUGAGCAAUAUUUGAUUUUGAACCAAGUAAUUGGGCAUUGCCCUGCAAGUAUUGGGAAUACAGGGGCAAAGGCCAUCUAAUACCCAUUUUCUCUGCACAUACUUGACGGCAAAAUAAUAUAACAGCAACUCAGCGGAUAUUUUAAUCCGGAAAAAGCGAAGACUGUGCCAAAUAACUUAAUUUUCUCCAUAAACCUAUUGGCAUCUCUGCUCAUCCGGAAAUUUUUUAAAUACGCGUUCUUAUAUACGUAAAUUCGCUCUUUCGCAAGCACGGCGAUUUAAUGAAUACACUGAUCACUGCACAAAAAGACAUUACGACCCUUUUUAGCAGAAGUGUUUGGUAAGAAGAACAGACGAUUUCAUCUGUGCAUCCAUAUUGUCUCCAAGCUUUGUAGGCAAUUAGCUGCUGUAGUUGGAGGUUAUACUAGGGUCGAACCAGAGAUGUCUACUAGUGCGUUUCAUCGCACUCGGGGCUGCUGACCAUGAAUCGGAUGGCGUCGACCAGAAUUCGCUUAUUGAUUUCGGAGGGUCCGAAAAAUGUAAUUUAUGUCCCCGAGAUCGUUCCUUCACUGCCAUGAACGAUCUUUAUCGUGUCUAUCAAGUUUAUCUGUCUCGUUUGCUAGUACAGCUGUUCUUACCAGAAUGGAUACCGGACAAAAGUCCAAAUAUCGUCGGAAGUUAUACCGAGAGAAAUUGCGACACUAACCUUAUUUGAGAGAUCAGCCCUGCUGGAACCCGCAUAUUUCUUAAUUCCAGGGUUGACGGUGAUAGGGUUCGGGAGUUCAAAAUUGAUUUGAAGGCUGGAACAACUGGUGACUGGUCACCGAAGGUGUUGGAAAUUGUCGUCGUUGCAUAGUGGCUGGACACUUAAUAAACGGCGCGGACAUCACAAAUUCAAAAAUGCAGGUGGUUGUUCGUUUCCGUUAAUUGGUAGAGCAGUCCUCUUAAAAAACCUACGGGGCAUGAGUCAAAAGCAGGCUACUGUUUCUUUUCCUCCCCACCAUAUACUCAAUUGUCAAAAAUGAAUGCUGAGAACGUUUUGUUCUCUGUAACCACUUCUGGCCUUUACUGAAGUCAACUGCUAUGUUAGGUUGAGGCACCUUGAUUUGAACAACGGCGUUUAGAAUUAGCACUACGCUGGACAGCCAGGUUUUCAUCCACAUGUCUAGGAGGCGAGAAGUUGAAAUCACCCAUAAGAAUGGUUGUGAAGGCGAGGCACUAGUCGUCACAUUUGUGGCCGCAUUCGUGACGUCUCGAUUUAAGCAGUGAUUUAUGACUCAUCCCUCCUUCUGUUUUCGCUUUGCACACGUGCUUUUAGAGACAGAAAAAAUUAGAAUAAUGAAUCAGAAAGGAUAAAGCAUUUCGAGCCUAAGCUAUUAUUGACACGUUAAAAGGGAUCCAAGAAGCCAAGAAUUAACUACGAGAGUCGAGCCAACUCAUAAAGUCAGUGAUAGGACGCAGGACUAGCAACUCCGCGAGUAUAGGAGGCCUUGCUAUAACUUCCAGGGAAAUUAGUGUCAAGACUAGGGUUUGGCCGAAGGUUAGCGAAAAGGUAGCCUUAUGGUUAACCAGUGUAAUGAACUUCCCUCUCCAUAUUCGGUGCUGAGACUUAGCCUCGUUGGAGUAAAUAGCCGUGCGAGGAGCGCACAGGCGAACACUGUUCACAGCGCCAGGGUCAGUGGGCCAGAUGGUCGAGCAAUCAUCAUACCAACAUCCACCACCCGUGAUGAAAUUGCAACGAUUAACGACUCGAAUGCCGGCCAUCAAAAAAUCAUCUCACCAUGUGCAACAAUUCCUGAUGGAGGGAAACCUGAAUUUUCAUAGGUGGGCUGUAGCAUGAUGAAUGCAACCUUUAAAUGCAGCCGUCCCUUCUGCAUGAACUACCCGUAUCUGUUGUUGUUGUUGUUGUUGUUGUUUUCUCUGAUGAUGGGUCCAAACAGAAAUCUGGGGCGUGAGGCGAAUAAAGUGUUUGUUCCAUUGAUCGUGUUUCCUUCUUCAGGACUGCUUCCUGGGACUCGUCCCUUCUCUUCUAUUGGUUAAACAAGAACUGUGUUUAAAGUUAGAGUAAUGGUUGAGUUAAAAGUUAAUAAUAAGGUGGGGUUUGGGAUCAAUGUUAGGGUUGAGUGCGGGGUUUGGAGUAGUGUUAGGUCCAAAUUUGAGACACUGGUAUAGGUAUUCGUCCUGGGGUUUAGCGAAAGGUUACCUUUAUUUUGUGGUAGUUCCUAUUCGAAUGGCUUCCUAAAUCGAUUGAUUCACCUGUAUCACCGUUAAAAGACAUGGACCACCUUUUAAAACUUGCCAAAUUCACUCGCUGAUGUGAUUUUUAUGCUCUUAUCUAAUGCUUAGACCACCUCUUUGGCCAUCCCUUCUAACUAUGAGUACUUGAAAACCCCUUCUUCGAAAUUAAAUUUACGACCAAAACCUAUAUUGUGGGAUUUUACCUAGAGAUAUUUGGUAAAUUUCAGCCUUUAGCAAAUGAAACUGUCGCGGUUUUCGUUGAAUGCUGCGAAAGGUCUCAGUGGCAUGUAAACAUAUCGUUUAAAACUCCAUUUAUCAGACCCCAGGAAUUCAACGCAGUAAUUUUAAUUUCAGUCAAAUUUAAAUAAUAAAUCACAUAGAUUUCCCUACGAAAUUUACCAGGGCUUCCAUUUUGUAGUCUUGUUCUUUAGUAGUUUAUUUCCUUAGGACAAAAUAGAGUGUAUAGUAAACAUACAAAGAGCGGAGUCAAAAUUGACUUAUUCAGUGAUAUUUUCUGCUAACAAAAAUGCAAUCAGGAUGGAAUUGACGGCAAAAACAAGAGAGACUAGGAUGACCAUUUUUGGCUAAGUAGCCGUCGUCGGCCAGUCACACCCAACCCCGAAGUGUGAAACACCUGGGGCCUGAUUGCGCGACCUGCUGGUUAAAAGUCCAACGCACCUAACCACCGAGCCAGGGGCUCGUUAUCCUAUCGGUUGUGAUCGGGUAUAUACCCGAGGAAGAAUUCACAACAGAGCAACUGGAUCAAGCAUUUUUUGAAGGGAAUUAAAGAUCUGAAAUACACAAAUAACCAACCGCCGAUAGAAAGAUCAGGAAACAACACAAUGACUGUACACAUAUUUCGGAAUGGGUUGAGACGCAGUUGGUGUUGCGCCAUCAGUUAACUUAUACAUUCCAGAGCGAAUUGCUUGCGACUAUUCCGAUCGCAAUCGUACAGUUUGGGCUGAUUAUACGUUCAAAAACAAAUUCCACCAGAAGGCGGUUUUUCAUUGGUCCGUUUAUAGGCAUGCGGAGCAGCAGAGCCAGACCGUUUGCCUUGACAACUCAUAAGGUUAGCCUGUGUUCAUAGGACACCUUUUAAUUAGGUUAAGGUAAAAAAUCUAGGCCCACUAAAUCACGUUCUUAUAAAUAUAUAUUUGGCUAAAAUUGUGGUAAACGUUCAUGAACCAUUUUGAGGGAAACUGCGAACCGAUUUUAUCAAAUUUUAAGAGGGUCAUUAGGCAUCACAAGUAAGGCUAAAGCCGGUCAGUAGCGUUAAAAACAGGAAUUCCAAAUCUAACGCGUUAUCAAUGUCACCCUUCCACUAAGAGUUAUAAAAUUUUUGGUAAAACGUAAAUUUUUUAGCUAUAGUGUACUUUUACCAAAAAAGCAAGCCUAAAAUUGUAAGGACUUACCAUAAAACGUAGGGACAGAUUCAGCGCAUAACCUGCCACAUUGGCUUUCCCUCUCCUCACAGUUGCUUUCUGUCCCAGCGUAUUUCGCAAAUGAAAAAAACAAAUUAUAGAAUCUUGUGUUGACCUGCUUUGCUAAAAUGAACAAAACACGUGCACUUUAAAGCUUUUGACUGCCGCUGAAGUCCUGAUCAUGAAAUUAGUGAAAAGUUGCGAAAAUCGUUUAAACGCACACCUGCAGCCUUGGGGAACUUGCUGUAUUUUUGGGUAUGGCAGUCAAUGCGUUUUUUUCGAAAUUUGUAGGUAGAGAUCCCCAGGAUGGGCAAAGACUAAUUUCCAUCAACGCACGCUUUGUGCUAUAAGGUAAAAACCACAUAGGCAUCUUGUUCUCCUCGAAUUAAAAGCAUUAUGGUUAAACGAAUGAAAAAAAUGGAUUUCAUUAGGAUACAAGUUAGUCGAUCUCGAUGUUUCGUCCUACAAGUCGCUGGUUUUAGAUAGAAUGACGUUUAGCUUUUUGAAUCCUCAUUUCGAACCCACGGGGAUUCUUUCUAGCUGUCAAUCAGUCAAUCUAUAUGGUUAAUCCCGAGUUGGAAGGGUUAGUUUUUAUGUUAAAAGAAAUUUGUCAGAAUGUUUUUAUUGGGCAGUCUUCCAUGUGCCGAGGUGGAGAUGAGAAGGUGAUCAUAAAAAUAUUAGGAAAUGACAUUUUAUUAGUAUAGCUAUGGAAAAGGAAGGGGAAAAUGGAGACGUUUGCUGUUGCAGUUAGCAGAAAAUACUUUGUCGAGAUGGGCCACAGUACUCAUAUGAAACACAUUCAAAUCUUAUCUGUUCCUUCAGGCGUACUCUUCGAACGUCGAUGACUGUUCAACUGUCAUUUUAUUUGAGCGAAUUUUGACUUAGACUGAUAUUCAACUUGACCGUCAAGGCUCUUCCCGCACGAAUUUUAAGGUUUCACAAAGUCUUAGACGGCUACCCUUCCCCUAUAAACACACUGUUUGCGACAUACUAAUAAAGUUUCUGAGUAGAAAAGCCGGUCUAAUCACUUCAAAGGUUCACGAGUAUGCAUAAUGAGAGCUAUAAGGUUAAUCGGACGACCACGUUUAAACUCACUACCUUAUGCUUUUUGCUGAAGGUUGCUUUUAGGGCAGACGAAACUUAUUUCGUCUUUCAAAACCAGCAAAACUUUGGAACUGGCGGAAAUGUUGUGCCAAGUUCUCGAAAUCGCAACCUUUUAUUUACAGUCAUAUAAACGCAGAAGUGGGGCAUGUUAGCUGAAUUUCCACCCAUUCAAACAAGCUCGGCGAACCGUCUAGGCUUUAAAGGCGGACUCGGAAAAUUUGAAACAUUCUGUCCCCGGUACGAAGCCGACAUUUUAAUUAGCAGGACUAGCAAAAAUUUAUCAAAUAUUAUAGUGCUGAAUCCCAUAUAAUAAAAUGAAUUCCUGCCUUCCUCGUAGAGUAUUUGUAGGCAAACUGUUUCUUUGUUAGGGGGCGCACACCGAUCGUUCAUACGGAACUCACUCGUUCCGUUUUGCCUUAGGGGCUCUCUCUCGAGCCCAACCAGCAGCCGCACAGCAGCGGUGUGCGCCCCCUAACAUUGUACAUUCCCGAUCGAAAUCCGACAGGGCAACGGGCUCGUGGCCCGGUGAGUAGAGGCGUUGACUUCUAAACCAACAGGUCGCGAGUUCGAGGCUCAGGUGUUCCACACUUCGGGCUUAGGUAUGGCUGGCUGACGACCGCUAAUAAGCCAGAAAUGGCCAUUCCAGUCUCCCUUGUCUUUGUCGGUAAUAUCAUUCUGCCUUAACUGUUUCUUUGUUGAAAGAAACCAACUUUAGCAACUGAAACGCAUUGCUCUCUAGAUUUGAAAAUUUCGAAUUGCUAUCAUCUGUGCUUGUUAUAGGAAAAAGUGUAUAAUAGAUUCUAUGAAAAUCGAAACAGACGUAGCCUCGACUGAAAUUCCACAAACUUUCUCGGUUGGAAAAGACUGCAGUACCUAUUCACUAACUAGCAAUGGAAUCUUAAGACACUUUAUGCAUUUUCAAAUCCUGGUUGUAUGCUAAGAAACUUUACAUCCACUUACAUAAAUCACGCCCUAUAAAAUAAGUUGCACGCUUUUUACUAAUCAUUGUCGUCUACGUAAACUGGAUUACAUUUUACGGACGGUGUGCUAUAAAAGUCAGUCCUUGUAAUCUUUCUGCGGGAGGGUACCUUAUCGUCGACUUUUGCAUCAAAGGAGGACUCUAUUUUGGCUUUAAAAGGUUUCCAGAUAAAAUAAUUAACAUGAUACUUACACUAUACAGUGCGCGACCUAUCUCAUGAAAUGUUGGCUGAAAUUCUGAAAUGCGUUUUCGAUUAGGAAGGAUUACUUGGUCACGGUUGUGAGACUGAUUAUCUUAAGGCAUACUAUUAUAACAUUUUGGACUCGGCAGGAUGUCGACUUUUAAAUGCAUUUCUUUUCAAUCUCCUGUAGAAAGCGUGCUUGGCAAAAAAUGACUACUUAAGUAGCAUGCCUUUUUCCCAUUGAUUUUCGAUGGUCUUGGGAAUUCAAAUAUAUUUUAUAGAAACCACAAACAAAAAUAUGCUUUCUUUUGGUCAAUCUAUAGAGAAUCACGUCUUCUUUAUAUUUUAUACUUAAGAAUGGAGUAUAACUAGGUUUUAAAAAAGUUUUCUAAUUGCCGAAUAAUUUGGAGCCUGAUCAUUCGUUGCAUUAACGCUUAGUGAUUACACUCUACAAAGUGCAUGCGUUCCGCUUAAAGAAAAUCUCAUAUUUUUCUAUGUCAUUAAAUAGCUAUCAUACAGGGUCCAUUAAAUUUUGCAAUGGAUGCGGACCAUGUUGUGCAUUUCAUGAGGAGCAGUGGUAAAAGGCCAGGUACGAUGUUAUGUGAGUGUACAUCUCGCGGUCUUAAAAAGUCUCAUAAUAAGAAACUUUUUUAAAACCUAAUUAUACUCCUUUCUUAAGUAUAAAAUAUAAAGAAGACGUGAUUCUCUAUAGAUUGACUAAAAGAAAGCAUAUUUUUGUUUGUGGUUUCUAUAAAAUAUAUUUGAAUUCCCAAGACCAUCGAAAAUCAAUGGGAAAAAGGCAUGCUACUUAAGUAGUCAUUUUUUGCCAAGCACGCUUUCUACAGGAGAUUGAAAAGAAAUGCAUUUAAAGUCGACAUCCUGCCGAGUCCAAAAUGUUAUAACAGUAUGUCUUAAGGUAAUCAGUCUCACAACCGUGACCAAGUAAUCCUUCCUAAUCGAAAACGCAUUUCAGAAUUUCAGCCAACAUUUCAUGAGCUCGGUCACGCACUGUGAGUACUAGGUGGCUUCUUUAUAAUAACACGAAAAGAUGUCCAAGUUUGCUAAGACAAUAAAUGCAUGGUCUAAAAUGUAGAAACCGUAGAAACGAGUGCUACAACAAGUCUCCUAAAUACAUCUGAAAUUCGACCUUUAUAGAGCCUAAAUCUCCCUCGUUUCAAGCAUGAACCUCCGAGGUAUGCAAUUUCCCACAACAGAAAGUAUGAAAAGUGGCGUUCCUCAGAAUGCUCUCUGUAAAACAUAAUUACAGCUAUAUAAAUAUCAAAAUUAAGUGAAAUAAGGUCAAUUAUUUGAGUUAGAAAUUUUAGUCAGCGUCAGCUAGGUGAGUUAAUAUUUUUUGUUCGCUAACAUGAAGCAUCAACGAUAAUUAAUGUGCAUUUUUAAAUGGAUCUGACUCGACGACAACCUUUGGUUUGUCAUUAUCCCCCUUUGAUUCUUGACAACCGCUCGGCUCAUUCGUAAAACCAGAGUUAAGGCAACGAGAUUUAUUAAGAACAACUUAAUACUGUCUGCUGCAUAGUAAUAUUGGGGCAAAAUACAUCAGUGAUACUCCAAGCUGUCUGCGAUGCCGUAUUUGCACGUAAAACCUCAUAUUUUACAAUUGAGUGGAUUUAAGCCUUUUCCAUCCUAAAACAAAAAUAAAAAAGACUUAAUAUUUGAAAAAGAAAAAUGAUUUAUAAAGAGAUAGCAUGUGCGGCAACUGUCCGACACAAACAAAAGGGUGUUGCAAUAUAGUACGAAAAUGGGAUAAGAAACUGCCAAAAUUAAUCAUAUGCCUCACAAAAAAUUUCAUUCUUGACACGCAAAAGACAAGAACUCGCAGUCACCUUAAACGUUUCGCCUAUUUUGGAGGGAUUUCGUGUUUCCCGUUUCAUAAUGACAUCCAGGCUUUCAAAGAGUACAGAGCUUUGAAAAGGUUUAUCCAACAAAUAAUGUGCACUUGAAAGUUCCCCAAAACUCACUGGCGGAAUGUGAUAAGAACUCGCAGUCACAGUCAUCUGAGGUUAGAAUCUCCGAAGAAUAACCUAGAAAAUGCCGCUUAUUAUGGAGAGGAUUUCGUGUUUCCUGGUUUAUAACGACAUACAACCUAUCAAAAGGUUUUAAAAAGGUUCAUACAACGAGUCAUGUGCUUUUCAAAGCCCCCUAAACUCGUUGGGCGGAAUAGGAAACAACGGUUCGUAUUCAUGGGAGAACUGUCAACUAAGCUUUAUUAAGAUCUAUGGGCGUAAUAAGUUCAUGAUGUGCGGCAGGUAAAAGAACGCCAUCGAUGCCUUCUUGAUUGUUUCAUUCCCACCUGAAUUUUUGUCCGUCAGUCUAAGGCUAAAAUUUUUAAAAUAUGUUUUAUAGUAGUUCAAAUAUACUGAAGAAAACACAUAACAAGCGGAACACAUUUGUCUGCCUGGUCGCUCACUCCCCAAUAAGUUCUUGAGGUGGACUGGUAAAAGGUUUGAACAAGGCAAAAGUUGGAGUUCUCUGAAAGAUAGUCUUGUGCACGUGAGUCCCGGAUGGUAUUUGAUAUAAUGCUGAACGUCCUUAAUUUAGCCUUAACUUGGAAAUAUAAAGAAAACUUAAACUUCACUGUGCACAUGAAAUAGGCUUGCAGUAAAAUUUUCAUCUGAAAACUGGCGUGGGACUAAUUUUUCGGAUAUUUGGGCCUAUUUCAAGCCAUUUAAUGUAAACGAAUUUUUUUACCUAAUUUGACUUUGCAUUUAAACGUGGCCAAGUAGGAGAACACGUAUAUGUUAGUAAAACAAGCAGUCGUCACUAACAAGUGAAUAUGCGAACGUUUUUAACCAACAUAAAUUCAAAUGAAGAUUUUCUGCAUUCAACAGCCUAAGAAAUAUCGUACGUUCGUAAUGACAGAUGCGAGUCAAAACUCUCGUAAAUGAGUCCAUUAACGGCGAAAAAAAUCCAAAAUACUUAUUGUUCGAACUAGCUGUUGUUUUAAGAAGUUUCCAACAAGCGGUGGAUGAUCUAAGUUUCUCGUGAGUCCUUUUUAAUGUUAAUGCAAAAAUGAGUAACAUGGUAAGAUGUUGUUGCGAAGAAGCUUUCCUAACGUAUGACAUGCUGUAACCCAGCCGGUACUGGCGAUUCAAAUCUUUCGUAGAUAUUUCUAGGAAGUGUUGUACAUAUCAUUUUGACUUACUAGCAGUUUCUGACCUCAGAUGUUCAACUUCAAUUUAACUUUAAGGGUAAGCACGGAAAUGUAGACUGCUCUUACUACAGGUGGUUUUGCGUUAGGUUCAAGGAGGCGUACCUACUCCCGAAUCCUAUUUUUAACCCUAAUCCUAAUGCUUGUCCGCAUGGCUAGAUCGCAGUUGGUAGCCAGGCCCCCUAUUACAGGUGGCUGGGUGGUUUAUUUACUGGGGCUAUUUAGUGGGGCUCCUUGAUUACAUCUGACCCAUUUGGCUUCCGUUUUGCGUUUGAGGUUAGGAUUAGGGUACCGGUUAAUGGUUUUCGAUAUUCAGGUUAGGGUUAUGCCUUUAAGCUUAGGUUUUCGGGUUACGGCUAGAGUUUGAGCGUACGAUUAGGAUUCAGUAUUACGGUUAAGUUUUACCGUUACGGCUGUGUCUAAGGGUUACGGUUACGUUUACGAUUUCGGUUAGGGUUGCCGUUAGGGUUAACGGUUAACGUUUAAGGUAGAGGUUAGGGUUAGGGUUAAGGUUAGUAUUAGGGUUAGGGUCGCCGUCCACUUCCCCAUUCCUGGCAACCAAGUGCGAUUUAACCACCAUUACUGCGAAUUUCCUGCGACUUUAUCUUCACUACUUGCGGAAUGUGUUAUUCCAUCAUGUCGUUACACACUGACGCUAAUCAAGCAGUUGGCCUUUCUCUGUACUCCAUAGACCACAGGUCCUAUAACAGUAGUAGUCAUACGAUUUUUUCCAUUAACCGUUGUCUUUCCAAGGUUGUUAAUUUACAUGAAGUUAUUCUUUUUCUCAUAGCUAACCUGCGAUAAUUGUUUAGGCAGGACGUACCGUAUUUUACAAUAUUGAUCAAAUAAGUUUGUAUCUCCCUACGUAAAAAUGCAGGUAUGGGUUUCAAGUCACGUUUGACUGUUCAACCGGAAUGUGCGAAAUGGUGGAAUUUGAAAAGAAUUGUAAACCCCAUUUGGUAACAGAUUUGACUCUGUCAGACUGUGGAGCUCUCUUUUGGGAGCUAUCUAGUAAUUUGGGUUAAAAAUCAUCCCAUAUGUUUAAGUUUGCGCGUGAAAUACUGCGGAAAGGGAUUAUGUUAAGACUUCUGUUGUAAUUGAAAAGUCAAAUUGACGAACACGUGUUUUCAGUAACUCUUCAUCAGGCCAAAACGGUUACAAUGAAGUUUAAGUUAUGCGAAUUACAUGACUUAUAAAUGAUUCAGGGACAAUCCAGUGCUAUGCUGCCAGAAGACUCUGACACAGGCGCUCUGUCUUCCGUGGCCGACGCCGACCCCAACGUCGCCCCAACCUCCUGA